CUCGCCUGCGUUGGCACUCGCGCUGCUGACUUUGCGGUUCUACUACGUCGGUACUCAGCGUUCGGACAGACUUGGGUGGCCGUCAGAUCUCAUGUUCCCACAGAAGAAAAGGCCGCAGUACAUGUCGAGGGGGACGUACAGGAUAGCGCAAUGCAGACAGUACCCAGCACUUAUUGCCACGGCCUGGAUGGACUCCAGACCUGUGCAUCUGAUCGCCACGGGGUGCUCCACCACGCAGACCCACACUACCAUUCUGGAAUGGGUGGCGUGAACACCCACGACCAGAUCCACCUUCAACGGUAUUCGAUACAGCGUUGCGUGGCAUUCAAGAACUACUACUGCCAACGAUUUCUCGCCUUCAUAGAUAUGGCACUCGUCAAUGGCUUCAUUCUUCACACGAUGGUAAUGAAGCGGAAAGGUAAGCGUGCGCCCACGUAUGCGGAGUACAUGCGGCAGCUUCACGUGGAGUUACUUGCAGUUACGGCUAUAAGCUUCCGUACCAACCAACACGCAGAAGAUCUGGCGAGUGUGCCGAACGGAAAUCUUGACCACGUGCUGCGCGCACUGAUGAACUAUACAAGGCUAAAUUCGGCAAGAGCAAAGGGAAGAGCAAAACUCGACAGCAUCUCUGCAAACCACGGCGACGCCGUGACGCAUUUGGAGAACUCUGAUCACUUUGAGCAGGAGAUCAACACAGAGAUGGUUGCGCAUCGCGCCAUAUGCAAACUUGCCCAAUUGCGAGCGUAA